CAGAGGUCACAGACUAAGGUUUUUCAAUUAUUCUGUGACUCUGUUUCGAUUUGUGUUUUUUUUUAAAGCUGUUAUGGGUUGUGGUAAAAAUGUAUAUUGUUUUUUGAAUAAUUAGAAAAAUAUUUUAAAAGUUAAGGAAUUGAUUUGUAUUUCGCACACUUCUCGUUCAAAUACAUAUACGGCAAUGACAAAUGCAACAAUACAGGAAAUAGAAGGGAUAGACGACUACUGGGGCCCAGCAUUCAGAUCUGUGUACGAGGGAGAGGGGGGGCAUGAAGCUUUUGUGGAGCAGUUGGAUGAAAGAAUACAGCAGCAUGACAAGGAGAUUGAGAAGCUUUGUAAUUUUUAUUACCAGGGUUUCAUUGACUCCAUACGGGAGUUGCUGCAAGUGCGAUCGCACGCUGAGGAAUUACAUGCUGAAAUAUCUAACGUUGAUGCCAAUGUCAGUGAGUCUACUGAGAGUUUAUGUACAAGAGCUGAGGAGUUGAUCAGGGCGCGGCGUGUUGAACUCAACAUAGCAUCAACCAUUGAGAAAAUGGAACUGUGCCUGCCAUUGCUCACUACAUAUUCCAAACUUAAGACCCAAGUUGAGGCUAAGAGGUACUACCCCGCUCUAAAAACUCUUGAGCAGUUGGAGCACGUGCUACUACCACGGGUGGGGCCUUAUAAAUGGUGCGCGCAGAUAUCGUCCGACAUACCGAGGCUUCGGCAGUCGAUACAGGAUGCAUCUAUGGCGGAUCUCAGAGAUUUCUUAGAAAAUAUACGUACGCUUAGCCCACAGGUUGGUGCAAUGGCUUUCAAAGAAACACACGAGAUGCUUGGAAGAAGUUUAGCUAACAUUGUGAAGAGCAAAAAAGUCGCCAGCAGAGAGAACAGCGGGCCACAAUGUCCACACGAGCUCGUAGACUUCAGCCCGUUGCACCGGUGCCUGCACAUACACAGCGUCCUAGGAGCCAAGAAUGACUUCGUUCAGUAUUAUAGGGCCCAACGUAAACAGCAAGCUCGCUUAGUCCUCAUCCCGUCAUCAGGCAACCUUCACGACUCAAUCCAAAGCAUGAAGAGCUACCUCAACGCCGUCCUUGGCUUCUUUAUCCUUGAAGAACAUCUCCUGACUGCGGGAGCAGGCCUGGUUUCCAGGGACUGGUUAUUGGACACUUGGAGUAUGUCGGUCACGAAAGUGGCUUCCACGCUAAGAACCAAUACGUCACUGAUCACGGAUCCCACUCUGAUGUUGAGCAUAAAACAGCAGAUUAUGCUAUUUAUAAAUGCGCUAAAAUGUUACGGACUUCCAACUGAUCCUCUGCCAUUGCUACUGCAAGAGAUGGCCGAACAUUACACGGAAGUUUUGAUGCAACGCUGGGUCGCUGUUUUCAGGGAAAUAUUGGACAACGCUUCCUUCUUACCCAUCGAGGUGGAAAAUCAAGAAGAAUAUGACGGAGUAAUGGAUCGAUUCCCAUAUGACGGUGAUGAGUUAGAAACUCAACCUUUUCCGAGAAAAUUCCCGUUCUCAACAAUUGUUCCGGCCGUUUAUGUCCAAGUGAAGGAGUUUAUAUACGCCUGGCUGAAGUACUCCGCUGGACUUGGGUUAGGAGGCGGUCGAAGGGCGGCAGCGGCCAGGCAUUCUGCUUCCUUGCUGCUAAGCCGAUCCUUUACUGGAUGUCUGUCUGCGUUAUUCCGACAUCCGUUGCCGCUUAUGCAAUUAGUACAGAUUAUAGUUGACACACAGUACCUAGAGGAUGCGACAUCAUACUUGUAUGAAUUCAUCAGCAAUAUCACCGGAUCUGAACUCGUUACUACCCAGACUGCUGGAAGUAUGUUCCAAGCCGCAAGAGACGACGCGGAACAGCAAAUCUGUGAUAAUCUUGAGAAGAAAGUUGACGAGUUCUUGGAUCUGGAAAACUAUGAUUGGUUAUUAGUGGAGCCGAGCGGGCAGGCGUCUUCGUUCGUCACGGAUAUGCUCAGCUAUCUGUCUGGAGUGCUGACAUCGUUGGAACAACUGCCAACGCGCGCUCGUGUAGCUGCGGUCCGAGCCGCAACCAAUCGCAUAGCGACUCGACUCCGCAACUUGCUGCUGGAUCCAGCCGUGCGUCAGAUAUCUUCGGGAGCGCUGUACCAGCUGGAUUUAGACGUGAUACAAUGCGAGCAGUUCGCAGCCGGCGAACCUGUGCCGGGCCUGAAGGAAGGAGAACUAUUGGAGCAUUUUGCCAGCUUGAGGCAACUAUUGGAUCUCAUCACAGGCUGGGACUGGUCUUCCUACCUCCAUGACGUGGGCAUCGAAGGCGGGAAGUACGCACUAGUGACGCCCCGCGACGCCGCCACACUCCUCGAAAAACUGAAGGAAGCCGAACAGAAGUCUUCCGUCUUCUCAGUUCUGAAGAAGAACGAGAGAGACAGACGGAAGCUGUUAGACACCGUUUUGAAACAGCUCAAGCAGUUGCAGAAUCAAGAUGGCUGAAUGUAUUUAUAAAAUAAGAUCCAGACGGUGUAAUGGGACUCAUGGGACAUGACGUUAAACACUUACGCUUCAGGUUGGCCACGGCCGCAGUUUGUAGAACGUGAUCCUUGCACGUUCUAUUUAUAGGAGAUGGUUUCCACAUACCAUCAGGUGAACCAUCGGCUUCUGGUAAUUAUUACUACAAAAAAAACUUACUGACUUACUAAUAAACGUAAUUCUAAUAAAUAUACACCGUUAUAACAGUUAGCGCCGUGGGUAGGAGCUCGACUUCACUUUCGGGGGCAGAGUUUGAAUCCCAGCACGCACCUGUACAUUUUAUAAGUU